CGAUGGCAAAUGACUUGGCGGCAUGGUUCGAGCGCUUGUCUAAGUCACAGGCGCUUGAUGUGACAAGCUUGUUAAGACUCAUUGCCCUUGCAAAGGAGCACUUGGCUAACCAGCCCACGCUCCUUGACCUUCCCGCUCCCAUCACCAUUUGCGGCGAUAUCCAUGGACAAUUCUCGGACCUGUUGACCCUCAUGACGCUCGAUAUUGGCCAGCGCAUCCUGUUCCUCGGAGACUUUGUCGAUCGCGGGUCACACAGUGUGGAAACGAUCAGUUUCCUCUUGGUACGCAUGAUUCGAUUCCCCGAGUCGACAUUUCUCAUCCGCGGAAAUCACGAAAGCCGUCAAACCACGUCCGUUUAUGGGUUUCAGACAGAAUGCGACAAAAAGUACAACGGCGACACCCGCGUGUACAAAGCAUUCAUGGACGUGUUCGACUACCUCCCGCUUGGGGCUCUUGUGAACAAUCAACUCUUGGCAAUUCACGGAGGUCUUAGUCCUGCGAUUCAUUAUCUUGAUCAAAUUCGCAUGAUCAACCGCGUGAUGGAGAUUCCGUCGGACGGACCGUUUGCCGACCUCGUCUGGUCCGACCCCGAGCCCAAGGCCAAUGGGUUCCACUUGUCGCCGCGCGGCGCCGGGUACAUGUUCGGUGGCGACAUCGUUGAGAAGUUUCUGUAUUUGAACAACCUCCAGCACAUCUCUCGCGCCCAUCAGUUGUGCAUGGAAGGGUAUCAAGUGCUUUUUCGCGACACGUUUUCCACGAUUUGGAGCGCACCCAACUACUGCUACCGGUAGGACAUCCAUCAUUCGAGACCUGAGCGUGACGUGAUGAGGUUUGGCAACUUGGCAUCGGUCAUGAGCGUCGACGACCAGCUCGAGCGCGAGUACAAGAUCUUUCAGCAGGCAGGCGCGACGACACCUAGCAAACUGGACGCGCCGGUCGCGACAGACGUCGUCGACGCAGGGUACUUUACAUAAACGUUUAUUUUUUC